AUGAUUAAAAAUACGAUUUAUUUUUUUCUAAUUUUUUCUGUUCAAAGUCAAAGUAGUAUUCCAAUUGGAUGGUUUGUUGAUAAAAAAUCAAUGAAUAAUGUAGAAAUAAAUACAUUUUCUGAAGCUUUAACAGCAGCGAUGAAUUUAACUGAUUCAUUUUCAUGGCCAAUAGAUCAAUAUUCUUUUCAAUCACUUCAUGAAAAUGUUAAUGAUGUUAAUAUUUAUUCAAGUGUUCAUCGAAUUUGUAAUCGAUUAGAAUCCGGUGCAAUUGGUACAAUAUCAAAUAUUGAUAAUCCUAAAACUCGUUUACUUGAAUUAUUUAUGAAACGUUUACAUAUAUCAAUGAUAUCAUUAAAUUAUUUCAAUUAUAAUAAACAAGAAUCAAGUUUAAUAAAUAAAUUCUAUCAUUU